UCAAGAAAAAGAGCCUCUUAUCCCAAAAGCAGUUUUGGAGGUGGCUGUGAAGAGGGUACUUAGUAAUUUAGCUGAGGAAAUGACGAGAAGGAAAUUGUUUUGUGUCUCAGGAACCAUGUGGAAUUUCAAGAUAAGAAAAAAACAGUUGCUAAUUUGAGUAUAAAAGCAGGAAACAUGAUACACUUAUUUCCUUUUAUGCAAACACAAGUGUAUGAGGGGUUGUGUGAAAAUUACUUUUCUUGCUCAACCAUAAGACAUAGAAUCAAGGUGCUUCUUUUGGACAUAUUGACUUUUCUCUUUCUUGUGGAUAUCAUGGCUAAUAACACGAGUUUAGGGAGUCCAUGGCCAGCAAACUUUUGGGAGGAUCUUAUCAUGUCCUUCACAGUGUCCACGGCAAUCGGACUUAUAAUUGGAGGAUUUUUCUGGGCUCUGUUUGUUUGCUUGUCUCGAAGAAGAGCCAGUGCCCCCAUCUCUCAGUGGAGUGCCAGCCGGCGAUCUAGGUCUUCGUGCAACCACGGACUCAACAGAACUGGAUUUUAUCGUCACAGUGGCUGUGAACGCCGAAGCAACCUCAGCCUGGCCAGUCUCACGUUCCAGCGACAAGCUUCCAUGGAACAAGCAAAUUCCUUUCCAAGAAAAUCAAGUUUCAGGGCUUCUACUUUCCAUCCCUUACUGCAAUGCCCACCACUUCCCGGAGAAACUGAAAGUCAUGUGAUGACUCUCCCUCCUUCCAGCGCCUCUCCCGGCGUCAGCGCAUCCCACAGCCUGAGUGGUCCCGAUGUCCACUGGUCCAGUAGCAACCUGCGCGUUGGCUUUUCCACGCCGCCCCCACCUGCCUACGAGUCUAUCAUAAAGGCAUUUCCAGAUUCCUGAAUAGGGUUUUUUUUUUUUUCUCCUUUGUUUCUUGUCUUUUAUUGAAAGGAAAUUAAAAAUGGGUUAAGUAGAAUUUUGAGGUCAUGGCUGAAACUACGAAGGAGUUUUGAGCUAAAUAUGCUCACACAAGUUGGAUAUUACCAUGUAUAAUACAAUUUCUUUGAACACAUUUUUGUGCAUGUCUUACUAAAAAAUAGUUUUUUCCAAAUAAGUACAUAUUUAUAUGUUUUGUAUUCGGAGCCCCUGGUGGCGCAGUGGAUAGGCGUUCAACUGCUAACCAAAGGUCGGCAGUUUGAAUACGACAGCCGCUUCUUGGAAACCCUACGGGGCAGUUCUACUCUGUGCUAUAGGGUUGCUAUGAGUUGCAAUGGACUCAGCGGCAAUGGGUUUUUAUGUUUUGUAUUCAACGUAAGGCUUAUUGAAGAUAGUGAUUCUAAUCUAACAAGCAGCUGUGAUAUAGUAUAUAUAUUUAUACUAAAAUUAAAAUGCUAGAUAUGUGCGGUUUACAGUCAUUUAUUUCUCACUGUGACUAUAAAGGGAAAAAAAUACUGUUUUCACUUUUUGUAAAAAAAAAAACAAAACAACCUACCGUACAGAAUUACAAUUUUACUUUCUUAGAAUGACAAGUGAACCAUCUGACAUCUUAUAAACUUGGGUUUUUAAUGGAUUAUGUGGGCAGAAACUGACAGAGUGUAAGAAAUCCUAGUUUCUUGAUUUCAUUGAUUUAUGACAAGGGAGGGAAUAGAGCAAAGGAAGCUGAGCUCUGGUAGUGUCAUGUUGUCGUUGUGUACCGUCGAGUCAUUUCUGACUCAUAUCAACCCCAUGUGACAGCGUAGAGCUUCCCCAUAGGGUUUCCUGGGCUGUAAUCUUUAUGAGAGCAGAUUGUGAGGUUUUUUUCCUCAUGUAGCUGCUGGCUAGGUUCGAACCGCCAACCUUAUGGUUAACAGCCAAGCACUUUACCAUUUUUUGCUACUAGGGCUCCUGCUGGUGUCAUAAAAAAAAAAAAAAAAGGGUGUCAUAGGAUACUGCAAAUUUGGAACUUAUGUUUUUUCCCAGACACAGUCUUUGUAUACUUGUCCCAAGAACUGUGAUCUAUUUCACUGAGACAAAAAAUCCUUUUACUUACUAACGUGAUGAUGUAACUUCUUCACUCUUGUGGUUGUGCUAUGUUGUUAUGAAAACAACAACAAAUCCAAAUCACUUGACCUAAAAACAAACUUUGGACUUACGUUUUUCUUAAGGGAUAAUUUUUUUUUUUAAUACAUCUAGAAACUAGGGAAGCAGUUGAUCCAGGAAUCUUCUUCAGUAACUUCAUAGAUGACAAAAGUAAAGGAGACAGUCUGCCAUUGAAAAAGAUGUUACAUUCACCAAGAAUACUCCUUCCUGGGUUGACUCUUAACCACCAGGCAUCAGCCCUUAUCUGCUUCUCUGUGAAUUCUGAACCCCAAAUCUCUGAAGAGUCUUUGUCCAAUGAUCAAACCGUGCCAUAUGGCACAGGGACAUUGGUUCAGACAUUUGUUUCAGAGGCCUACUUCUACAAGUGGCCACCGUCUUAAAGGAGGGCACAUCCCCAAAUGUGGGUGCCAGAGUUUCAGUGGCCAGAUGCGUCUUUUUCAUUUUAGGACAUGAGUUCACUAGAGUAUUACUAACAAGGUCUGUGGUUCAUUUCUGAUGUAGUGAACAUUUUGUUUAUUUCUCUGAAAACUGGGAUUUUUAGUGAAGAAAAUUUACGAGCAUUUUAGUUUCUGCAAUGCAGUGGUGGGAGCCCUGGUGGCACAGUGGUCAAGAGCUCGACUACUACUAACCAAAGGGUUGGCAGUUUGAAUCCACUAGCUGCUCCUUGGAAGCCCUAUGGAACAGCUCUACUUUGUUCUAUAGGGUCGCUAGGAAUGGGAAUUGACUCAACGGCAAAGAGUUUUUGGUAAUGCGGUGUCUGAGUUAAUAGUGUCUGGCUCAAGAAUAUAAUAAUUCUUAUGUAAUAAAAGAUUCUGGUAGCAUUUUCUUUAUUACUUUUAUUUAGCUAGUAUUAUCCAUUGUUCCUCCAAGACAGUUAUUCUCAAUGAUGUCUGUAAGUAGACGUCCUCUAAUGCAAUGUGACAGGAAGGAGGAAAGAAGGUGAGGGAGGGAGAAAAAAAAAGCUCACCAAAUAACCAAGUUAUUGUAAGUUGGUUUUUAACAAGGAAAUUUAGCAGUUUUCAUAUAGCCAAGUAAGAUUUUAAGAGAGUGUUAACUUAGUAAUCCUUUUUUCUUUAUUUGUAUAUCAUCCUUAGUGUGUAAUGUGAGGAUUAAGCCAAGUGUAUGGUUUUUAUCUAGAAUUUACAUUGGAAGUAAAAGCUGCUUUGUAUCUCUUAAAUUAGGGAAAUGAGAGCAGAAAUCUUCUGGUGUAUUUAACCAUCUGGCCAAAUCAUUACCCUCCUCUGCCCUGAGUUAUGAAAUAAUCAACAUGAUUAUCUUGUAAAUAUUGUCUAGUGCAUGAAAUGUGAAAUUAAAGCAAAAACUGGAGUUUUUUUGGGGGGGGUUGUAAUUUUUUAAAAAAAUGUUUUGUUGAUUAUGAAAUAAAAUUAAACUGAUGUCAAUGCUGGUAUACAGUUUAUGUAGUGAAUAACAAAAAUAUUCCCUCCUAAAAAGCAAGAAGGUAAGAAAUUGUAAAAUGUAGAUAUAAAUUAGGAAAAUACUUUAGAUAGAGAAAAAUUAUGUUAUUCAGGGUCUCAAACUUAUUAAAAUUAAUUGAGUAAGAAAAGUCUCCUUUUUACUGUGGAAUCAUAGCCCAAUCUAGACCAUUCUUUGUAAACUAAAAGAUUGA